GUUGACCCGGUUAAAUCCGCAACUAAACCGGAGCAUCCACUUUUCACAACCCACUAUUUCACUGCGACGUUUUCAGACGGUAGGAAGAGAUAGAGAGAGAGAUGGCGGAAGAAGAAAACGGCGCGGCGGCGGCCGCCGGUGAGUUUUACCUGAGGUACUACGUAGGCCACAAGGGUAAGUUCGGUCACGAGUUUUUGGAGUUUGAAUUCCGACCAGACGGUAAACUCCGUUACGCUAAUAACUCAAACUACAAGAACGAUACGAUGAUCCGUAAAGAGGUGUUUCUCACUCCUUCUGUACUCAAGGAGUGUCGCCGCAUUGUCUCCGAUUCUGAGAUAAUGAAAGAAGAUGACAACAACUGGCCAGAACCAGACCGUGUGGGAAGGCAAGAACUUGAGAUUGUGAUGGGCAACGAACACAUUUCUUUUACUACUUCAAAAAUUGGGUCGCUCAUGGAUGUGCAGACCAGUAAAGACCCUGAAGGCCUCCGAAUCUUCUAUUACCUUGUUCAGGACUUGAAGUGUUUCGUGUUCUCGCUGAUAUCACUCCACUUCAAGAUCAAGCCGAUUUAAGGAGCACUUAUGUUUAAUGGUACUUGUUGGAUUAUCCGAGUUGAUGUUUUAUGUGGUUUAAGUUUGUAUGGGACAUGGUGGAGCUAACGUUGGUGUUAAAAACAUGUUAAAUCGGCUUUGAUUGGGUUUCAUGUCGUCUUUUAUCAGGUGGUCAUUGAUAUUUGAUUUAAAAUUAAAUUAAAUGUGUGACAAACUGCUGUUAUAUGUAUUUGCCGCCAUUGCUUGCAUUGCAUCACUAAUUCAUUAUAUAUUGGAAAUUUCAUGUUAAA